UCCUCUAUUAUGACAAGACAAACACUACGGACAAUAAAUAUACAAUAAAUUGUGAUCAGGACUUCUACAGUUUUUAAUUAUAACUCCAAGAUAGGGGAACUGGCCGUGUUAAUGCCAUAUGCUGCAUACAUUCUCAUCGCCGUAAUUGUUUUGCCUGGACUAGAAAGAAAGUGGUUCCUGAGACGAAAAUGGCGUCAAUGGGCCAGGCUUCUCGAUGCAGACCAAGAUGGCGUCAUCAGCCCUGAUGACAUGAAAAAUACUAACGCCAAGCUGGAACAACUUCGAAAAAUUAUCGGUGUCCGAAAAACUGCUUUAUCUGAUGAAAAUAAAAAGAAAUGGUGGAACGAAAACAUUUUCAAAAACGGUCCUGGAAAGGAUACCGGGGUAUAUCAGUCAAUGACUACAUUGGUUUCUUGGAUGGGACCUUUGGAGCAGCCACCCCUUGUGAUAGAUUAAACAAAGUCAAGCCAAUCGUGACAGGAUUUUUCAAUUUUUUCUCCGCAGACGAUUAUCGUAAGAAAAAUGUUAUAAUGGGAGAAGAAGACUUUGUCAAGUUCUGGACCAUUCUUGCUUCUAUCGAUGAUCGUCAUAGCAGAGAAGUGUUUGUCAAGAAUAUACCUAUACCAUUAACUAUGGCUUUUCUAUUAGGAGAUUUUCAGAUUUUUCUUUCACAUGGUAAUCAGGGGGAUGAGGUAUAUAAUGUUUUGAAACAUAAAAGUCCAAAUGGAUGUUGCAGAGCUUAAAACAUAUUGCAGAAUAUUAUUCUCUUUGUCAUAAACAUUAGAUAGUGUCACCUUGAUAUAAAAUCAUGUCGCGUCAAAGCCUAAAGUUUCUCAGUUAAAGGUAUAAAAUGAGUUUAUGAAACACUGAGUCAAAAACGUUUUUCAAUUGCACUUGUCAAACUCUAAGGUCAGAGUUGUUACCCAAAAAAGGACUUGUCUCAAUUACAGAAUAUACCUGUGAAAUGUGAAAGCCAAAGUACUAAAACUCAUUCUGUGCCUUACAUGCGUACCACUCGAGUAAAACUAAAAACCAACAAUAAAGAACAAAAUAACUGAAACAAUGUGCUUCUUGUUACGUCUACAGAAUCUACAAGUUUGAUCAAACAUCUGUUACCUUUACCUUUUUU